CCGUGGAUUAUUCGAUCCGAAAAAUAUUCCAGAGAAAGACAUGACAGAGGAACAACGACUAUUGUAUCGGAUAAUGAAAACGUAUGACCGGUCAUCGCGCCCUGUCUUCUCCGCCAAAACACCUGUCGUGAUACGACUGGGAAUCACCCUAACUCAAGUGCUUGACGUGGAUGAGAAGAACCAAAUAUUGACAACGAACGUCUGGUUGGACCAGGAGUGGGUGGAUGAGAAACUACAAUGGACGAAUGUCUCAGAAUUUGCUCAUAUAAAGAUUUUUAGAAUUCCGUGUGACUUGCUUUGGUUACCAGAUAUUGUUUUAUAUAAUAGCGUCGACAACCAUAACAAAGGAUAUAUGAAAAGCUUGGCUAUGGUAGAACAGAAUGGAAACGUAUUCUGGCCACCAAUUGUACGAAUGCGUAGUUCAUGCAAAAUGGAUAUCACUUAUUUUCCUUUUGACGAUCAAGUGUGUAUACUGAAAAUGGGAUCGUGGGCAUACGACGGAUUCCAAGUUGACGUCACAAAUAGAACCAUGGAGGUCGAUACGUCAAAUUACGUAGAUAACGGGGAAUGGACGCUCAUCGAUACAAAAGUAGUCCGCAACGUUAAAUAUUACCCAUGUUGCCCGGAGCCAUUUCCGGAUGUAACAUUCUACAUUCAUUUGAGACGCCGAGUGUUAUAUUAUGCCUUUAAUGUCAUAAUACCGUGUAUGUUGUUGUCAAGCCUUACUCUGACAGGAUUUCUACUGCCACCAGACUCGGGAGAAAAAGUCACUCUUGGAUUAACGGUGCUUCUGGCCUUCUCCGUCUUCAUGUUACUAAUUGCUGAGAAUAUGCCUCCGACGUCAGAAUAUAUACCUCUCAUUGGUAUUUAUCUAACAGUGAUCAUGGCUAUGAGUGGUCUUUCUGUAGUGUUUUCCGUGUUUGUGUUAAACAUCCACCAUAAAGGAUCUUUGUCCAAGGGACCACCAAGGAUUCUGAAGGGAAUAGUCCUUAUCUUAGCCAAGGUGCUUUGUUUAAAGGUUCAAUUUCACGACGAAAAUUCAUACGCCUCUCAUACCGGAAGUUAUACGUCGAAUUCGGCCUACGCGGCUUUCAAGGCGAGAGACAACGAGUCCCUUUUACUUAACAAUAAACACGAGAAGAUCCACGGGGACCUGGGUGACGUAAGUGAUGACACUCUUAAUGACGUUAUGAAUCAAAAUAUCAACAUGUCAUCAUCAACGUCAAAUAGGACUAAUUUUGAUCGAGAGGUGGUCACAUACUUUAAACAUGUUAUGUCAACAUACGAGCAGACGAUUUCAGAACGGAGAACGAUACACGACUGGCAAGAGGUUGCCAGAGUGAUGGACAAAUUCUUCUUUUGGGUUUUUCUAAGCAUCACAUUCAUCUCUUCAUUCAUUAUACUUGUCAUUAGUCCCAUGACUAAAGAGAUAGAUCUAAAUAAGAGUUAAGACUAAAUACAGUACGGAUGUG